AAAAAUCCUGCUAGUCGAAAUCGAUACAAAUUGAAUGACCCUGCAUCUUUGUACGUGCGCUGGAAACAAAGCCAUUGGAAUGACGUCCCUUCAAUCAAUUGUGCUUUUUCUGUGGUUGAGUACAUUGUGCAUAGCCCAGAAAAAUUUCAUAAACCACACGAAGGGCUAUUGCAUCUGGUAUGAUCAGUGUACCACUGGCGAUAAACCACUCAACUGCUUCUAUAACGGACCAGCUAAAAAUUUAACCGAUCCAGAAGGCGUGCAGAUACUGAACAGUUUAUGUCCAGAAUUAAGGGGUCAACAUACUUGCUGUUCGACCGAACAGCUGGUGGCGUUGGAUGAGAACUUGCAAACGAUGCUGGAGCUUACCAAUCGUUGUCCUGCCUGCUGGAACAACAUUAGGAGGUUGUACUGUCAGCUGACAUGCAGUCAAGAUCAGUCGCUUUUCACGAAUCCCAAUCUUGUCAUCCCAGUGUCUGAGGGGAGAGAAGCCGUUGUCAGGGUGGAGUACUUUGUAUCACCCCAAUUCAAACAAGGUCUGUUCGAGUCCUGCAAGGACCUAACCCUUGAGGGGUACACGAACUUAAAAUUGUUCUGUGGUACGAUAGGGUCAGAUGAGAAGCCUGAGUGUACCCCAGAAAGUAUGAUCCGUUACAUGCAAAGCACGGAAAGCGGACUGGCACCAUACGCUUUUGAUAUCUACUUCCCUGACAUAUUACCAAGAAACCUGUCGUGGAUGAACGAAACUACUUUCAAAUGCAACAAGCCUUUUAUCGAUCCGCAAUCGAACAAGACAGCAAACGUUUGUACCUGUCAAGACUGUGUCGGCUCCUGUCCGAGGCGAUUAGAACAGUUGAUCAUAACAUCCACGCACCCCACUCCGACAGGGUAUCACAGGUAUGGAGACGGCAAGUGGAUUCCUUUUGGGCCAAUGUUUCACUUGGAACUCUUAAAUCAGGCCCUAGAUCUUCAAAAUGCUAUCACGAACUUAAAAGUGCCAUUUGGGGAUUCCAGCGUUACCUUCGCGGACAUUUGCUUUAAACCGAUGGGCCACCUACCUUUUGCUCCUAACACGACCGAACGAUGCGAAAUCCAGAGUGUCUUCCAGUAUUUCCAGAAUAACAAAACGAAGUUGAACAAAUGCCUUACUACCUUAGGCUAUAAUUGUAGCGAUCCAAGCGUUCCUGACUUCAAAGCUGCUGACUUCCACGAUCACCUCUUGUUUUGCACGAGAUGUCCCUCGUGUUCAAUGGAUUCGCGACUCAAAGAACCCUGCAUCAGUGCGUUUGGAGGUGUUAUAAACCCUAAACUUGUAUUGGGUGGAUACCCGUACGAUGUAUACCAAAACGCUACAACCCUAAUGAUUUACUUUUCAGUAAAUAAUUACAAAGACGAAAGCAAGCUGGCAGAAGUAAUUACUUGGGAAAAGGCCUUCAAGGAGUUCAUGGCAGAUUAUGUAAAUAACACCGCGCACGCCAAUCUCACUAUUGCAUACUUUACACCAGAAUUGAGAUCUAAUGACGUUGAGGUCCAGUUUGACCUAAGGGCUUAGUCUAUUUCGUCAAUCGUUGCGCUAAUUACGAACAGGGCGAAGCUAUUUUCCUUGAAACCGAACGGUUAUAGUUUUGACUUUCCGCGCGUCUUACGUGACUUGACUUAAUCCGCUGCUCUACCUUAUGUAUGCAUUAGCUGGCUCUUUAUAGCUUGUAUCUUUGUAGCUGAUUAGUUGAUAUGGUGGUGUAGAGUAGUUUUUUUUUUGUCAACCAUGCUAAUCUUUAAGGUUUCCUUUAGAAGCUUUGAGUGAAACGACGGGGGUGGUCUUAGAGAAGUGAUCAACAAGUAUAUCUAUCCACCAAUUUCAAUACUGACAAUACCCAGCGAACAGUUUGUCUACACAAAACCGUUCAAAGUGUGGAUUGUUAACUUUCUGUUUCAAAAAGAUUUUCUGAACUCAAGUACAAACUAGAAAGAACAAUCGCCCAAGUUAUAGAAGUGUAUAAAUCGAAUGACCCUUAGUGUUUCAAAGUUAUAAAUGUCUAGAAAAUGGUUGAGUAAAAUCAGCGUUUAAUAGUGUUCA